ACCGCAACGGCGCCGGGGAGCUUGAAACGGUCUAAUUUGGAUGGUGUGAGUUGCACAAAGGAAAAAGUCAUGCAAUCUCUUGAAGGAAAGCAAGCGGAGUAUAAGGAGUGCAUUUACAGCUGCCAUCGAUCUGACUUUUUUUCAUUGUAAGAAAAUACUUUUAUACAACUGUUGCCACAUGUGCUUGGAUUAAAACGGUGCGUUUUAUCUUAUUAUUUUUUUUAUCGAUUCUGUAUAACAUAUAUAUUAAAAUAAAACAAAUCUUUAAAAGUUUAGGAGAAAUGACUUUGCAAAGAAGUCUGUUGGGACUUGCUUGUGUGACGCUGCUCCAGCACUUGAUUCCUGUCUCCGCGCAGUUCGGGGACAGAGGGAUGUCGGUCCCGGAUCACGGAUUUUGCCAGCCAAUUUCCAUACCGUUAUGCACGGAUAUCGCUUAUAAUCAGACCAUCAUGCCGAACCUGGUCGGACACACCAACCAGGAGGACGCUGGCUUGGAAGUGCACCAGUUUUACCCGCUCGUCAAAGUGCAGUGCUCGCCUGAGCUCAAGUUUUUUCUUUGCUCCAUGUACGCCCCGGUUUGCACGGUACUGGAGCAGGCAAUCCCCCCGUGCAGAGCGAUCUGCGAGCGGGCCAAGCAAGGAUGCGAGGCCCUGAUGAACAAAUUCGGCUUCCAGUGGCCCGAAAGACUGCGGUGCGAGAAUUUCCCCGUUCACGGAGCGGAGCAGAUCUGCGUGGGGCAGAAUCAAUCUGAGGGCAGUGGACCCAGUACCCCCCCGGCCCCGCCCAAUCGCAACCCAGCAGUGAUCACCGCUGGGUCACCGGUACACAAAUUCGCCACUCCGGAUCGCCCUUUCCACUGCCCCACGGUGUUACAGGUACCCCCCUACUUAAACUACAGGUUUAUGGGGGAGAAGGACUGCGCGGCGCCCUGUGAGCCAUCCAAAAGUAACGGCUACAUGUUUUUCAGCCAGGAAGAAAUCAAGUUCGCCCGUAUUUGGAUUCUCAUCUGGUCCUCCCUGUGUUGCGCGUCCACUUUAUUCACCGUGACCACCUACCUGGUCGACAUGCAAAGGUUCCGAUACCCAGAGAGGCCAAUUAUCUUCCUGUCGGGCUGCUACACCAUGGUUUCUAUCGCAUACAUCGCCGGGUUCAUCCUGGAUGACAAGGUUGUGUGCAAUGAGCGCUUUUCAGCGAGCAGCUUUAAAACAGUGGUUCAGGGCACGAAAAAGGAGGGCUGCACCAUCCUCUUCAUGAUGCUGUACUUUUUCAGCAUGGCCAGCUCCAUUUGGUGGGUCAUUCUUUCGCUUACCUGGUUCCUGGCAGCAGGGAUGAAAUGGGGACACGAAGCGAUUGAAUCCAACUCUCAGUACUUCCAUCUAGCGGCCUGGGCUGUACCAGCUGUCAAGACUAUCACCAUCCUCGCCCUGGGCCAGAUAGACGGAGACAUGCUGAGCGGCGUGUGCUUUGUGGGGCUCAACACCCUCGACCCGCUGCGGGGUUUCGUCCUAGCGCCGCUUUUCGUCUACUUGUUCAUCGGGACCUCGUUCCUGCUGGCUGGGUUUGUCUCCCUGUUCCGAAUCCGGACGAUCAUGAAGCACGACGGUACCAAGACCGAGAAGCUGGAAAGGCUAAUGGUGCGAAUCGGGGUGUUCAGCGUCCUGUACACAGUGCCAGCCACCAUCGUCAUCGCCUGUUACUUCUACGAGCAGGCUUUUCGGGACCACUGGGAGAAAAGCUGGAUCAACCAGAACUGCAAGAGCCUGGCCAUCCCGUGCCCGAGUCAGUACACCCCACGGAUGAGCCCUGAUUUCACCGUGUAUAUGAUCAAAUACCUGAUGACUCUCAUUGUGGGCAUCACCUCUGGGUUUUGGAUCUGGUCCGGCAAGACCUUGCAGUCGUGGCGCAAGUUUUACACCAGACUAACCAACAGCAAACAAGGCGAGACAAUGGUUUAAUGUACACAGUUACACAGCCCUUAGCUCCCCCGGUUGAAUCCCCCGCUGCAGUGGCUACUUGGACUGGCGAUUUACCGGAGCGCUCUGUAGUGGUGCUGUAUGCUACAAAGCAGAGACUGUAGGGUGGAAACGGAGGUACCUGGUAAAGAAAUAUUACAGCAAUGCUCCACAUAUUACCAGAGCUCUUUUUAAUACACUGUUUAAAAAAUAAAAUAAAAAGUAGAGGUUGUUUAAUAUCCGAUUUGAAAUAGCCUAGAACCACUGCGCUAACCAAUGUUAAGAGGCUAUCUGUGAGGGGGAAAAAGGGGGUGGGGGUGGGGACGUGUUUUUUUUUUAUUUUUCCAGGCUUAAUUUGGAGGGUUAUAAAGGUUUUAAGGUGUAUUUAAGAAAAUUAACUGUAAAUACCAUUUCUAAAAAAAAAAAAAAAAAUCAUUAUAUAUUUGUAUUUAAAGAGAGGAGGUUUUUAUUCUUCUUGGCAAAAACCAUAAAUGGAGCCUUUAGACUAUUUGAAAACUGUUUUUGUUGGCUACGUUGACACAACAGCCAGUCGAACUUGCCCAGAAAGGCAGAUCUUUACUCAUUUCCUCUGAUUUAUGAGAUUAAGGAACUGUUUUAUAUUAAAGACAGUCCUGGAUAGAUAGUUUUCUUGGCCGUUUUCCCAUACAGUGUAUGAUCCAACUAAAAAAAACGCAUACUUUAUAAGCCGAUAUAACAAGGGCCUUAUCUGGAGACUCCAAAAAAAAAAAAAAACUCCAGGAUCUUUUAUUAUAUCUCAGCUAAAUAAAGGAGAGUAACCGCGCGCGCGAGAGAGAUAGAGAGAGCACACAACAGGACUGGAGGCAUAGGAAGAUACAAUUUGAAUGUUUUUUGUUUGUUUGUUUUUUUAUAACAUAUGUGAAAGACGAAUCAAGGAACUAAAUACACAAAGACUGUUCAAAUCUGCAGCGCUGCAUUGAUGUGUUUGUAACUGUAUGCAAGAAUAUAUAAUUAUUUUUUGUAAAGAUACAGGCUAUCCUCGUUUUCAUGCUUUUGUUCUUGUUUUAUUACAAUUCUAUUUUAGAAAACGGUCUUUCAUUUCUAAACGUGAGUACGUGGAAUGUACAGUUUAGGGUUACUACACACAGAAAAAUGGUUUUGGAUUCCGUUUAUAGCGUGGGGAUUCUGAAUUGCACCUUGUCACCAGAAGUAAGGGAUUAUGUUGUACAUCAUCUGAAGGGUCUUGAAAAACAGGGUCUACAACUCAUUUCAGUGCAUUAUUAGCAGCUAUUCCUGUGGUGUUUGUCUAGAAUUCAUUAGGAAUUGGAAGCCAUUUUUUAAAUGAUUUUCAGCAACAGAAAAAUCAUUACAUUAUUAUUAUUUAUUUCUUAGCUGACGCCCUUAUCCAGGGCGACUUACAAUUGUUACAAGAUAUCACAUUAUUUUUACAUACAAUUACCCAUUUAUACAGUUGGGUUUUUAUUGGAGCAAUCUAGGUAAAGUACCUUGCUCAAGGGUACAACAGCAGUGUCCCCACUGGGGAUUGAACCCACAACCCUCCGGUCAAGAGUCCAGAGCCCUAACCACUACUCCACAACAUAACAUAACAACAAAACAUUUGUUAUCCAGAUGCUACUUCUGUGCCACGUAACGAAUUCUAUUCUUAAACAGUUAACCUACACACACAGAUUUGUUUGAAAUCUAAUUGAUUCAUUCUUCCACAUUUGGUGUUACAGUAUAUAACCAUUCUAAAGAUGAUGUGUGUCUGUUUAAUAAAAUGCAUCUGAGAUGUAAAA